AUGAGCGAAGCAACCACUCAAGCCCGACAUCAGCAUUCGUCGAAGCAACCACAGGAGCAGCAGCCUUCGUCAAAUCAACCACAGGAGCAACCACAGGAGCAGCAAGAACCCAUCUUUAGCCCAUCGGCCAUUGCCGCCGAGAUGCAGAGACGAACACGAAAGCAAAACAACUUUGACCAGAUCGAGGCCGACCUGCCCGACCCCAAGAAAUUCGCCGCCGCCAGUGCCGAUGCCGUCACCAGCCUCACGCCAAACUUCACCACCCGCUUUAGCCUCGCCGGCGCGCUGGGCCUUGUCAGCCGCCUCAAAGCGUUCGGUGGGCGCCCCGUCGGCCCUGGCGACGUCGUCUGGCUGCUAGACAACACGGCGUACAAAACGGGCGGCCGCUUUCCCUCGUCGUGGGAGGCCGAGUUCGUGGCCGUCGUCUUUGAGGAGGCGCCGCACUCGCACCUGGUCGAUGCCGUGGCCGGCGUCGCGCGCGUGCUUGGCAUCGCCGACAACGCUGAGGAGUACAAGACGAUCCAGGAGCGUCUGUUUCCGUUUGUGUGGGAUGUGCGUGUAGCCAAGACACUAUCGGUCUCGCAAAAGGGCGCGCGCCGGUCCAUCAAACUCGGUCCCACGGGCUUCAAUGGCCUCAGCGCCAACGUGAGGCAGGUGGCCAGCCGUUCCAAGGGCGCUUUGAUCGAUGCCACGGCCGGUCGUCUUCCAAGCGGGAUACCGGGCCUGCUGGGCAUGCAGACCUAUUACGCUGGGCCGUCAGGCUGGGGUGUCAUCUCAGACAUUGACGACACCAUCAAGAUAACGACGACAAGUGAUCCCAUAGGUAUCCUCCGGGAGACCUUUGUGGAGGAACCGCGAGCCGUGCCGGGAAUGCCGGAGCUCUAUAAAGCGAUUAACGGCAUCCUGAAGACAGACACGCCCUGGUUUUAUCUGUCAGCAUCGCCGUACAAUCUAUACCCUUUUCUGCGCGAGUUUCGCGACGCUUACUUCCCGCAAGGGACCUUGAUCCUGCGCGACACGAGCUGGAAGACGAUUGCAGGACUGUUGGCGGCCUUGACGAUUGGCACGGAAGAAUACAAGGUGGACCGCAUGAAGAAGAUUCACAAGUGGGUGCCCAAGCGCAAAAUGAUUGUCAUAGGCGACUCGACGCAGUCCGACCCCGAGGCCUAUGGUGAAAUAUAUCGCACGUUUCCGGGCUGGAUCCGGCUCAUACUCAUUCGCAAGGCGACUGACACGGCCAUGUUCGGAGUAGGGGAAAAGAAUGAGCCGGCGCGCUUCGAGAAGGCGUUCAAAGGCAUUCCACGGGAGGCAUGGCGUGUGUUUGAGGAUCCAAACGAGUGUGUCGAGAUUGUGAGGGCCAAGGUCCAGCAGGGCUGA